UGAGAGGGGCGGAGUCGAGGAGAAGCUUCGGACUUUAUCUUUGAUUACCCUUGCGGGAGAGGCGGGAGAUCUUGGCCCGGAGCCGGACAGAGAAACCCUGUCGCUGCCGCCGGAGAUCUGGAGUCUCCCUACAGAGGCGAGUACGGGGCUUCACCGUAGCCCGCGGAACAUGGCGCCCUGGACGGUGUGGCGCUGCUGCCAGCGCGUGGUGGGAUGGGUGCCGGUGCUCUUCAUCUCCUUCGUGAUCAUCUGGUCCUACUACGCGUACGUGGUGGAGCUUUGCGCGUUUACUAUUUCUGGAAAUGAAGAAACUGGAAAGACCGUUGUUUACCUUGUGGCUUUCCAUCUGUUCUUUGUCAUGUUUGUGUGGUCCUAUUGGAUGACAGUAUUCACAUCUCCCGCUAUCCCCUCCAAAGAGUUCUACUUGUCCAAUUCUGACAAGGAGCGUUAUGAAAAGGAAUUCAGCCAUGAAAGACAACAACAAAUUUUGAGAAGAGCAGCAAGAGACUUACCUAUCUAUACCACAUCAGCUUCAAGAACUAUCAGAUAUUGUGAAAAAUGUCAGUUGAUUAAACCUGAUCGGGCACAUCACUGCUCAGCAUGUGACAAAUGUAUUCUUAAGAUGGAUCAUCACUGUCCUUGGGUGAAUAACUGUGUGGGAUUUUCUAAUUACAAAUUCUUCAUGCUGUUUUUAUUGUAUUCCCUAAUAUAUUGCCUUUACGUGGCUAUAUCAGUUUUAGAGUACUUUAUAAAAUUUUGGACGCUUUGCCGCAGGAAAUCUACAGACAAUUGUCCAAAGAAUGAAUUGACAGAUACACGUGCAAAAUUCCAUGUACUUUUUCUUUUCUUUGUGUCUGCAAUGUUCUUCAUCAGCGUUCUUUCACUCUUCAGCUACCACUGCUGGCUAGUUGGAAAAAAUAGAACAACAAUAGAAUCAUUUCGUACACCCACAUUUUCAUAUGGAGUUGAUGCACAUGGUUUCUCUCUUGGAUACAGUAAAAACUGGAGACAAGUCUUUGGUGACGAAAAGAAAUAUUGGUUACUUCCAAUAUUUACAAGUUUGGGUGAUGGUUGCAGUUUUCCAACUCGCCUUGUUGGGAUGGAUCCAGAACAAGCUGCUACAGGCCAAAGUGAACAUUCCAGAAGUAUUGGCUCAAAUCAACCUUUUCCUAUCAGACCACUUAGUGAAUCAAAAAACCGUUUGUUGGACAAUGAAUCUCAAUGGCUAGAGAAUGGAGCUGAAGAAGGUGUUGUCAGAUCAGGGACAAAUAAUCAUGUUACAGUGGCAAUAGAAAAUUGAGUACCACUUGUUCAUAACUAACCAUUUGAUAAAACCAAGGUGUAUAAAAACACAUUGUCGACUGAUAUUUUCAAUUUUAUUUGCAAGAAAAUGAUCAAAGGAAUGAAAUAAUUUGAGUAUAACAGAAGAUAUAUUUUUUAAAAAAGGAAGCCUUUGUACAGUUCGCUGGAUCCACAGGAGCACUACAAGCAGAAUGAUGCCUUAAUUUUAAGUGUCCAUUUGUGCAACAUUGACUCACAGCUCAAAAGUGACUUGAUUUUACUUUGGAAAUAAUACCUGUUACGACAUGCUAUAAUAUGUGCUGUCAUCACUUAUGUGCAUAAGUAUUUUUUUUGAUAUCUGAAUUACAAUAUUAGAAUUAUUUCUUGGUAUUCAGAUAGGUUCUCACUCCAAAAACACAAACUAAAAACUUGUCUUAAAUGAAGUAUAUCUAGGGUAAAUGGUGGCUGAAAGUGAAUAAUAUCCAAAUUACUGUUGCUUGUACUGUAUAAGAGAAAGAAAAUAACUGCUUUUUUAUUGAGUAUUUGCUAAUUUAUAAUUACUAUUUUAUACUUUUCAACAUUUUUAAUAAAAUUUUUUAUUGUUGGCUAUAAUAACACUCAGAAUGAUUCAGAUAUCUAAUCAUUUAGAACAUAGAAUUCAUGGGGAUAAUUUAUUGAUGGCUUAGAAGCAUUACUACAACCAUGUAGUAUAGUAUAUGCCAAAGGCUUAAAAAAAUCUUGGAAGUAUAAGAAAUAUUUUGGGUACAAUGCUUUUUUUAUUACUUUUUGUUGAACUGUCAGGGGUUAUUUAUAUGGGUAGGGGAAACACAAAGGUAUUUGUGAUAUAGAAAAGUUGGGCACAAUAGGGAUAGAUGGAAGUGGCUAAAAGAAAAAUAAAGAAAAAGGUAGACAGGAUACUGUAAGGUGUUGAAAAAUAUUUUCAAGCCAGAUGCAUUAGUACACCCAAUCCCAAUUCCUGGGGAGGCUGAGGCAAGAGAAUUGCAAGUUUGAGGUCAGCCCAGGCAAUUUAGCAAGACCCUGUCUCAGAAUAAAAUAAAAAGGGCUGGGGAUUUAGUGCAGUAGUAGAGUUUUUGCCUAGCAUGCAUGAGGCCCUGGGUUCAAUUGCCAGUACUGGGGAAAAAAAAAUUUUUUUUUCUUUUUCAGUGCUAAAUGUAUUGAGAAUAAAACAUGCUGUUGAGUUGACUUUUAAAUUUCAAUUUAAGUAAUAACUAAAUUUUUCUUUGAAACUUUUUAUAGUGAUCCUAUAACUUAUAAACAGUGACUUAAAGUAUAAAGUAGGAACAAUACUUGAGAGUAAUACUGCUUUUAGGAAGAAAUUCUAAAUCUGAGUAGUCAUUUAAAAGUCCCAGUCUCUGAGAAGUGGAUUCUACUCUUAACUGCAAAAUCUUAAAUCUGACUUCUUAUUAGCAGUUUAUUCUCGCCAGAUACACUUUUCCUUUUAAAAUCUUAACUUAAAUGACAUGAAUUGCUGUAUUCUAGAGAAUAGUACAAUAUCAUAUUAAAAGAUAAUGUAGAAAUGUUACUUCUCAUUUAUACUAUUGAAUCAGAUACACAUCCUUGAAAUGAUUGGUUGCUUCCAGUAGAUGGGUAGAGUGAAAUCUUAGCAGCUUAAGUAAGUAUCAGAGGCUGUAAUUUCCAUAUAUAUAAAAUGGAAGCAUGGGUCCUCAAUAUUUUGGACUGGAUGAUUUCUAACAUUCUGCAAUGCCUGAUUUUGCAAAAUAACCUUGUUUUUCAUCCCUCUAACAAAUAUUUUAGCAGUUUCUUCUAAUGUUAACCAGUAUACUAGGGAUAACUGUUUAAAUCUAGCAUAAAUUUUAUAGCUGAUGUUCCAAGAUUAUAGUUUGAAGGAUUUGCUUAAUUCCCACCGGCUAUUAAAUCUUAAAAAGUAAUUUUUUUUCCCCUUUAGACCAAAGGAACAAUUAAGCUUUGAAAACACUUUGGAGUCCUAUAAUAUGGUUUCUUCUAUCUUCAUUUCAAUUCUUUAAUCUUAAUUCUGGAAAACUAGAAUGAGAGUUAAGAGAAAUCAGUUACCAACCAAGAACAUGUCAGUUUGGUGGUUUGUAUAUUAUAAAGAGUGAGUAAAUGUUUAUCUGUACUUCACUAUUUUCAGAAAUGUUCUGAUCCUUUUUGUAUAUCUAUAUUUAGAUCAGAGGAUUUGCAUGCACCUGGCUAACAAUUGCAAAAGCUUAAUUUUCCCCUUUAACCUAUUCAGGCACUUUUAAAAGUGGAAUUAUAAUCUUUCUUAAUUCUUCUCAUUUGUUAUUUAAUAUCUUUAAUAGCAUAGUAAACAAACACCUUUUCAGAAAUUUUCAGUUUAAGACUUUUACUGUAGUUACCUUUGAUUUAAUUACAGCCAACAUUUUGCCAUAUUCUAAAUAAUCUAGCUGAAUUUAUUCAUACAUUUUACUGACAAUUCAUUAAGAGCCUACCAGUGGUAUAGGAACCAGGAAAAGGCUGCCUCUUUGGUAUUUCAACUGGUAUUGAUUACUGAUAUCAACUGUUUGAGGAGAAAGGUCAAAAUGAAGCCUUGCCAAAAUUUCUAAUUAUUACUAUUUUUCAUCCUUCAAACACUUGAACAUUUGUGAUGAUACUGAGGAAAAACAAGGUUGAAUUUCAGGUCUUGCCAUUGCCAUUAAAAACAAAUUAGGAGUCUUGGUUUACCUGGGCACAGACUUACUUGAAGAUUUGAUACCUGAGUUCUCUGACAAAAUAUCAUUAUGCCAAACCAAAGAGCAGCUGCAGUAUAUUAGUGGUUGAACAUGUUUACACAGCUUAGUGCAUCUUUACAUGAAAAUGAUUUUUUAAAAAAACUUUUUACAUAUUCAAUGGUUAUGAUCCAGUGUGUCACAAGUGAGUAUAAUUGUAAGAUGAGUUUGAAUCAAAUAUACAGUGUUUACUUGAAUUUUAUUUCUAUUAGAAAGCAAAUUUUGACUAUGUUUACAGGAGCAUUUAAGAUGAUCAGAUGUGAGAUUCUCCAUUCAGUUGUCUUGAAAAUGUAUACACAAAGGACCUGCAUAUUUGGGGCAUUGAAUAGACAGUAACUUACAUGUAAGUUUCACUUACAUUUUGUUUUAGGACUAGCACUGCUGUCAAUGAAAAAUAUUUUUAACUAAUGUGUUAUUAAGAAAUUAAUCAUAUUUUUGCAUUUCAGCCAAAAUAAAGACCAUAUCUAAUAACCUGUUAGAUACAGGUAGUCUGUAAAUCUGAAAUCCAUGUUUCAUAAUGAUCUAAACUGUAUUUUUUUCAAUUUCAAUUUAAAAUGCAGUGUAGAUUAAGAAAGUCCAUAUUUUUCUGAUGACUCCUCUAUAUUAUUUUGUUGGGUUGCAUAAAGAAGCAAGGAUACAUUUGUAAUAAAAGAGUAAGAAAGCUACUAGCUAAGUUAAUUAUAUUUGUAUAUGAUUGCAGAUGAGUCUAUGCCCAUUUAAAAGAAAAGAUGGACUCUAUUUUAAAAGUGAUCUUUAAUAAUGCUUUUAUAGAAACAAAUUUGAAAUACAGUUUACCUUGGUUGUCUUAUGAAGAACCAUAAACCUUGUAUUUAUUUCUCAUUUGUAUAAUCCUGGACCAUUACUUAAUGUUGACUCUGUCUUUUGGAUGGCCUAACCUACAUUAACAUUUAUGCAGAACAAUUAAACAAUUUUUUUCAAAAAUCAUAUUUACUUUAUUAAUAAAUAAAUAAAUAUAUAUACA